UGACGUCAGUGGCUCCUCCCACAAUCAAGUCGGCAGCGGGAUACCAUUGCAAAGGAACGUACGGGAAGGAGUUACGAAUGUUAAACUUCAGUUGACUUGCGAGUUGAUCUUUUGGCUUUAAUCUGUAGCAUGUGUUAAUGUCAUAGAAGUGGCUUGUUGGAGUGAUCGUGUGGAAUAUUGCUUCAGCUGAUAAAGACAGCGAGUGGUAGCAGAGUGGCACGUUGGAGGAGAGAGUACGGUUGAGCAGUGGUGAGGUAUACACUGCAUCCUGGCUGUGGUGAACGCUACUGUGCAGGAUCAGCGGCAGCGGUGGGCUGCUGUGCAGCAAUACUGUGUUUGUUCUGAUCAUGUCCUGAAGAAGGCUAUAAGUUGGGUGCAAAUGCAAAUCAAAACACAGCCUGGAUUGCACAUCCAGGCAGCAAACUGCAGCAAAGUCUGAAACGUAGGAAAAGUCUGGAAUGCACAAUACUAAACUGCCUUGUAUGGGUUGACAGUUUUGGAAACAAUGGGGGUUAAAGGACUACGUCCUCGAUGUUUUUUUGAUAUUGCCAUCAACAGUGUGCCUGCUGGAAGGGUCGUCUUUGAAUUGUUCACUGAUGUAUGCCCAAAGACAUGUGAAAAUUUUCGGAGUCUCUGCACAGGGGAAAAGGGCUUGGGAAAAAAUACCCAAAAGCAUCUCCACUAUAAAGGUUGCUUGUUUCACAGAAUUGUCAAGGACUUUAUGAUACAAGGAGGAGAUUUUAGUGAAGGAAAUGGCAGAGGCGGUGAAUCUAUAUAUGGUGGCUUCUUUGAAGAUGAAAGCUUUGAAGUGAAACAUAAUAAAGAAUUCCUCUUGUCUAUGGCCAACAGAGGCAAGGACACUAAUGGUUCACAGUUCUUUAUAACAACUAAACCUGCACCCCAUUUAGAUGGACUGCAUGUGGUUUUUGGCCAAGUUCUGUCAGGUCAGGAAAUUGUGAGGGAAAUUGAAAACCAGAAAACAGAUGCCAACAGCAAACCAUAUGCCGAUGUACGAAUAGUUAAUUGUGGAGAGCUGAUUCCUAAAUGUAAGGUUAAGGAGGUGAAAAAGAGAAAAAAAGUUUCAUCAAGUGACUCUGAAAGCUCAAGUGAAUCUGAAUCUUCAUCAAGCAGCGAGUCUCCUGAAGAAUCAAAGAAAAAGAAGAAGAAACACAAAAAAGAGUCUAAGAGAAGGAAAAAGGAGAAGAGAAAGAAGAACAAAGAAAGAAAGACUAGUACAUCAAAUGACAAUGCCAAUGAAAGCAAUGAAGUACUGCCAUGUUCCACUGUACGCCCCGAAGAGAUACCACCAAUACCAGAGAACAGAUUCCUCAUGAGAAAAAGUCCUUCUGAAAAAGAAGAAAUAAGGGAUGACAAAAGAAAAGAAAAAGAGAGAGAGAAGGAAAGCUACAUUGCAAACUCCCAGCCACCUAUUUAUCAAAGAAGACUCCUGGUAACCAGAUCAGGUCGCAAAAUUAAAGGAAGAGGACCUAGGAGAUAUAGGACACCUUCAAGGUCUAGAUCAAGAUCAAGAGAUCGUUUUAGACGUAGUGAAACUCCUCCACAUUGGAGGCUAGAAAUGCAAAGAGCACAAAGAAUGAGAAUUCCUAGUGGAGAAAAAUGGAUAAAAGGAGAUAAGAGUGAAUUACUCGAGGACAGAAAAGAUGAGCAAAGUCCUAGCAGAGGAAGGGAGAGGAGAAUGUUUGGUCAGAGACGAGAAGCUUCUGAUAGUCCAAACAGAAGAGGGGAGAAAGAAAAAAAAGCCACAGAUGUUGCAUCUAGAAGUAAAGAAACUGAACUGAAAAUUUCAGAAAGUAAAAGUAAGCAUGACAGAAAUAAGGCUAAGAAGAGGGCAAAAUCUAGAAGCCACAGCAGAAGCAAAGAAAAGCGAGUAAGAUCAAAAAGUAGGGAAAGAGAGCAAAAACACAAACAUGAAGAUAAAAGAGCAAGAUCAAAAAGCAAAGACAAAGAAUACUGCAGAGGCAAAGAGAAACACCUGGACACCAAGAAAAAAACUGAAGACAGUACUCACAGAAGUAAGGAAAAAACAAAAUCCUCAGGAUUUAAAAAUGAAGAGCAGGAAACCAGGAAAGGUAAAGAUAAAGAAAGACAUGCCAGAUCAAGGAGCAGAGAGAAGCACAGAAGAUCAGGCAGUAAAACUAGAGAAAGAAGCAAAAGCAAAGAUGGGGCCAAGCAAACAAGUAAUAAAACUAUAGAAAGAAGUAAAAGUAAAGAUGGGGCCAAGCAAACUAGUUCCAGAACCAGAGAAAAAAGCAGAAGUGAAGACCGGACAAAGCGGCUUAGUGGUAGCAAAACCAGGGAAAGAAGCAGAAGCAGAAGUAGAGACAGGGCAAAGCAACUUCUCAGAGACAGAGGAAGGAGCAGAAGUCGGGAACGGGCAAGGCUACCCAGCAGCAGAACCAAGGAAAGAAGCAAAAGCAAAGACAAAUUAAAUAUUUCAAGUAGCAAAACAAGAGAAAAGAGCAAAGAGAGGUCAAAGAGAGCUAGUAGCAAGACAAGAGAAAGAAGUAAAAGCAGAGAUCAAGUAAAGCAAUCAAAUAGCAAAAUAAGAGAAAGAAGUAAAGAUCAAAUUGACUGUGUUGGCAAAGCCAGAGAAAGGAGUAAAGAUAGGUCAAAAAGAUCCAAUAGCAAAACUAGGGAAAGAAGUAAAAGCAAAGAGCUAACAAAACAUCCUAUUAAAAUCAGAGGCAGAAGCAAAGAUAGGGCAAAUCAACCCAGUAACAAAACUAUAGGAGGAAGUCAAAAAGUCUUGGCAAAGCAAUCCAGGUCAUCAAGCGAAGAAAGCGACAGCAGAAGUAGAAGUAAAGAAUGUCAGAGAAAUAAAAAUAUUGAACCAGAGAGUAGCACCUCAAGAGACAGAGGAAAAAAAUCUCCAGAGGUGAAUACUAAAAAUAAAGAAUGCAUGCACCCAGAAGAAGAAAACAGCCAAAACAUUGACAAAGAACAUAAUUUAAUUGAUGGCACAGUUCAGACAAAAGAUCAUAAUGGUGAAGUCCACGAUCUAAGUAGAUCAGUAAGUAGUGAUUCUAACAGCUCUGAAAGUGAAAAUGAAGCAAGUACCCAAAAUGAAUUGCAGAGGCCAAGCACAAAGUCAGUCAGUGAGGAAAAUGAGUCUGAAAAAUCAGUUGCAUGUAAGAGCACAGAGAAACCAAAUGCAACAGUAGAAACAGAAAUAAAAAUAAACUGUGAUAACUCUAAAAUGGAUGAGACUCUUGGUGUGGAUACUCACUCCAGCUGUGAAUCAGGUCCUAAUGGAAACCAGAAUUAGGCUUUAUGUUAUGAACUGCAGUUAUCAGCCAUCCUCUAUAUGUUAUGUUAUAAAAUACAUUUGAAAACAUUUUAUUUUUUUUUUAUGUGGAUUUUUUUGAUUUUUUUUUUGACAAUCUGCACUCUGGAUCAUUUGUACCUCUGAAGUUUUAAUAAAUUUUAAGAGAAAUUUA